UUUUCGACGCACUUAGCUGGCUGCAGCAACAUGAGGCCGGUGCAAUGAGUGAGCCCCUGCCUCCGGCAUGACCACGCACAGCCGAUGUACGUGAAGUCCAGGGCCUAGCCCAGCGCCGGCGGGACUCCAACGACCCACAGUUGUCACAUAUCCGGCGAUCACUGACUCCCGAAAGCGGACGGCCCCGCCUCCUGCGUGAGAGAAGGUACCACUGGGAAGCAAGGCUGGACCCAGGAUCUGCCAGACCCCGACCCGCCAGAACCUAGGAUCAACAGAUACCUUGAAGGAUAUAAAUUGAGCUCAUAGUUAAAGAAAAUCUAGAGGACCAAGCCUCCCUGUGUAGCACAAAGAAAGUUUCUCUGAAUAUAUUUAAAGAACCAUCAAGAAAUGGGGACCUGGAUUUUGUUUGCCUGCCUUGUGGGAGCAGCUUUUGCCAUGCCUCUACCACCUCAUCCUGGGCACCCUGGUUAUAUCAACUUCAGCUAUGAGGUGCUCACCCCUUUGAAGUGGUACCAGAGCAUGAUAAGACCACCAUACUCUUCCUAUGGUUACGAGCCCAUGGGUGGAUGGCUGCACCACCAAAUCAUCCCCGUGGUGUCCCAACAGCACCCCCUGACUCAUACCCUGCAGUCUCAUCACCACAUCCCAGUGGUGCCAGCUCAGCAGCCCAGGGUCCCCCAGCAAGCAAUGAUGCCUGUUCCUGGCCAGCAAUCCAUGACUCCAACCCAACACCAUCAGCCAAACCUCCCUCUGCCUGCCCAGCAGCCCUUCCAGCCCCAGCCUGUUCAGCCACUGCCUCACCAGCCCAUGCAGCCCCAGCCACCUGUGCAACCCAUGCAGCCCCUGCUGCCACAGCCACCUCUGCCUCCAAUGUUCCCCAUGCGGCCCCUGCCCCCCAUACUUCCUGAUCUGCAUCUGGAAGCUUGGCCAGCAACAGACAAGACCAAGCAGGAGGAAGUGGAUUAAAAGACCAGAAUAUGAGACGGGAACUGAAGUAAACACUUUAGUUGCUUUCAGGGAUGACACAAGCACACAAUGAUUUUUGCUUACAAUCACUUAACUUAGCAAAUUCUGUAACUAAAAAUGUACCAAUAGUAGACAAUAAAAUGUUUUAAAAAUCA